CCCACUCUCCCUGAGUCGAUCGCUGCUCCGGGCCGCGGGGAGAGGCUCUCCGCAGAGCAGACAAAGCCCGCAGCCGCGAUGCGGGGAGGAUCCGGCUCUGCGUGCAUUGGGGGCCAGGAUGGGGUGCCGGGCUGGAGGGUGAGACCCCCUAGCAAAAAACGGGGUUCCCUCAUCCCCAAGCCGCGAACCAUCUCCCCUCCUUCCCUCCACCCCCAGUCUUGAAGAUCUGAGAGGCACCGACUGGGAGAGUGGACCCAUGGGGCCUGCAGCCACCCAAGCCAAGCCUCCAACCCUUGAGAACCUGCAUCAGCAAUGGGGAGUCUGGGCUCUAGCAACCUGCUCUCUUUGGGCCCCUGCAACCCAUUUCUGCACCCGAAUUUCCAGAAGAUCUGUGAACAAGGGUGAGAACCUAUCGAGCCCCAGGGAGGAAGCCCUGCAGAAAAGGGACCUCACCCUGACAAGGGCAGCGCUGCCACCCUGCCGGCCAUGGAGACCCCGUCCCAGCGGCGCGCCACCCGUAGCGGGGCGCAGUCCAGCUCCACCCCGCUGUCGCCCACCCGCAUCACCCGGCUGCAGGAGAAGGAGGACCUGCAGGAGCUCAAUGACCGGCUGGCGGUCUACAUCGACCGUGUGCGCUCGCUGGAGACCGAGAACGCAGGUCUGCGCCUUCGCAUCACCGAGUCAGAGGAGGUGGUCAGCCGUGAGGUGUCCGGGAUCAAGGCCGCCUACGAGGCCGAGCUCGGGGAUGCCCGCAAGACCCUCGACUCGGUGGCCAAGGAGCGCGCCCGCCUGCAGCUGGAGCUGAGCAAAGUGCGCGAGGAGUUUAAGGAGCUCAAAGCGCGCAAUACCAAGAAGGAGGGAGACUUGCUGGCUGCCCAAGCGCGACUCAAGGAUGUGGAAGCUCUGCUCAACUCCAAGGAGGCCGCGCUGAGCACUGCUCUCAGUGAGAAACGCACACAGGAGGGCGAACUGCAUGACCUGCGGGGGCAAGUGGCCAAGCUCGAGGCAGCCCUGGGUGAGGCCAAGAAGCAACUUCAGGAUGAGAUGCUGCGGCGGGUGGAUGCUGAGAACAGGCUGCAGACCCUGAAGGAGGAGCUGGACUUCCAGAAGAACAUUUACAGCGAGGAGCUGCGUGAGACCAAGCGCCGCCAUGAGACCCGGCUGGUGGAGAUUGAUAAUGGGAAGCAGCGUGAGUUUGAGAGCCGGCUGGCGGAUGCCCUGCAGGACCUGCGGGCCCAGCAUGAGGACCAGGUGGAACAGUACAAGAAGGAUCUGGAGAAGACCUAUUCUGCCAAGCUGGAUAAUGCCCGGCAGUCUGCUGAGAGGAACAGCAAUCUGAUGGGGGCUGUACAUGAGGAGCUGCAGCAGUCCCGCAUCCGCAUCGACAGCCUCUCGGCUCAACUCAGCCAGCUCCAGAAGCAGCUGGCAGCCAAAGAAGCAAAGGUGCGGGACCUGGAGGACUCACUGGCCCGCGAGCGAGAUACGAGCCGCCGGGUGCUGGCAGAGAAGGAACGGGAGAUGGCAGAAAUGCGGGCGAGGAUGCAGCAGCAGCUGGAUGAGUACCAGGAGCUUCUGGACAUCAAACUGGCCCUGGACAUGGAGAUCCACGCCUACCGCAAGCUCCUGGAGGGUGAGGAGGAAAGGCUGCGCCUGUCCCCCAGCCCCACCUCUCAGCGCAGCCGUGGCCGUGCCUCCUCCCACUCAUCCCAGACGCAGGGUGGGGGCAGCGUCACUAAAAAGCGCAGGCUGGAGGCCGCAGAGAGCAGCCGCAGCAGCUUCUCACAGCAUGCGCGCACCAGUGGGCGAGUGGCAGUGGAGGAGGUGGAUGAGGAGGGCAAGUUCGUGCGGCUGCGCAACAAGUCCAGUGAGGACCAGUCCAUGGGCAAUUGGCAGAUCAAACGCCAGAACGGAGACGAGCCCUUGCUGACCUACCGCUUCCCACCAAAGUUCACCCUGAAGGCUGGACAAGUGGUGACGAUCUGGGCUGCGGGAGCUGGGGCCACCCAUAGCCCCCCUACUGACUUGGUGUGGAAGGCACAGAACACCUGGGGCUGUGGGAACAGCCUGCGCACAGCUCUCAUCAACUCCACUGGGGAGGAGGUGGCCAUGCGCAAGCUAGUGCGCUCAGUGACCGUGGUUGAAGAUGACGAUGAUGAGGAUGGAGAUGACCUGCUCCAUCAUGGCUCUCACUGCAGCAGCUCGGGGGACCCCACUGAAUACAACCUGCGCUCCCGCACCGUGCUGUGCGGGACGUGUGGGCAGCCUGCGGACAAGGCUUCCGCCAGCGCAGGAGCCCAGGUGGGCGGAUCCAUCUCUUCUGGCUCUUCUGCCUCCAGUGUCACCGUUACUCGCUACCAGCGCAAUAUGGGGGGCAGUGGGGGUAGCAGCUUUGGGGACAGCCUGGUCACCCGCUCCUACCUCCUGGGCAGCUCCAAUCCCCGAACCCAGAACCCCCAGAACUGCAGCAUCAUGUAAUCUGGGACCUGCCAGGUGGGGUGGAGGCAGAGGCCUCCUGCUUUCUCCUCACCUUGUGCCCAUCCUCUACCCUGUGCCUCAUGGAGGGGGCUUAAAGCCAAAGAAAAAUGCCCCUUUGGUUUUUUUCUUCUAUUUUUUUUCUAAAAAAAAUUAUUUUCUACAAUGAUUUUAUACUGAAGGGAAAAUAUGAGCAAAAAAAAAAAAAAAACUUAUGUCUCUAUCACUCCUUCCUUUUCCCUGCUUCCAGGAAACUCCAUAUCUGCUUAAAACCAAAGAGGGCUUCCUGCAGAAGCCCAGGGAAAGGGAGGCUUUUACAGAGCCUAAUUUCUGCUUAUCUGCCCUGCCUACUGCCCCCGCCCCGGGGACCCCGCGACAAGGUGCCUAAGGGGCAGGUGAGGAGUCCCCUCUGCCAGCCCUUGGUCCACUACUGCUGGCUGAGGCUCCUCUGCCUGCCCUCCCCAGCCUCCAGCCCCACCCCAGCCCCGGGGUGACUUGAUUUUUCCAGGUACCAGCUGUGCUUGCUUUUGCUAUAUUUUAUUUAGACAAGAGAUGGGAAUUAGGUGGGAGGUGGAGGAAGGGGAAAAGGUGUUUGAGCCUUGCUUUACCCAGCAUUAGAGCUGGGCAUGGCUUGGCCCAGUCACUGGAAGUUGAGGUCAAGUAGGUGCAGGGGAGGCAGAGGGAGGCCUACUAGAAAGGGUGAGAGCCUACAAGGGCCCCACCCAGAGGGGACGGGGAGAAAGGUAGGAAGCUGUGUGGCAGUGGUUUUUUGCAAACACUACAGAGCUCCUGCCUCCCCAUUUCGCAUCUGCACCUCUUCUCUCCUCCCUGUAUCAAUACACUAGUUGUUUCUAUUCAUGACUGCUGUGGUCUCUUUAUCGCCGGACGUCACCUUGUGUUCUGAGCGACACACACAAGUACACGUUUCACAGCCUUACCCCUGUCCCCAGGAGACAAUAAGAAGCCCUCACAGCACCUCAGGUACACACCUGGGCACUCAGUGGUGGCUGACGGGAGAGGCUUUGUCGUAAGUGCUGCCCACCCACUUCUGGCCUCGCUCUUCAUGAAAGCCUCUGGGAGAGGGGGAGCUCCAGAAGAAGGGUAUUUCUUCCCUAACUCCUUCACCCAGCAGCACUUGUCAAGUGCCUUCUCCAUGCUGGGACAUGGACUCAGCGUGGACACCAAGUCAGGACGUGGACCCAGUCUGGGGGUCGUGAUGUCUCAGGACCUGGGGCCAAGACAUGGGGAGGAGGUUCACAGAAGCCAUUGAGGGCCGCGGGAAGUGAGUAGGGCGAACUUGGAUACAAGCAGCUCUAAGGGUUCCUUUGCGCCACACUCUGUUCUGUGUGUAGACAAGGGGUAUGAGCGAGACCACACGCUCAGUGUCCUCAGUGAACUUACACUCCAUGGGAAUCAGGAAGCAUGCAAAGCAGUGUGUCAAAGAGUGGGAGCCUCAGAGGGGGAGCAAGCUUAAACUUGGGCCAUGGAGCGAAGACCAAGGGCAUGGGCUCCACAUAGGGAAGACAGCCCCGUGUACAUGCCGCAGCAUCUCUGCACUAUUACCUUCCCCCUCUUACUGUCUUGAGAGGUAGUUUUGUUUCUGGAAAUGGGUUCUCGGAGUCAGCUUGCCAAAGGCCGCAUGGCUAGUAGGUGGCAGAGACCUCAAGGAAUCUGGCAGCAGACCCCCUGCUCCUCUAACAUCCUCUCCCUCUAAACAGAACAUGGUAAUAGGAAAUAAAUGCACGUUCCCAGGGAUGGAGGAAUUAAACCUGAAGUCUAAAGUCAAUGAAAAAAAAAUUAUCUGGGAUUAUGGGAAAACGGAAGUGGAAAAGCAACAUUAAUGAGAGGAGGGCAGGCUCUGAAGUCAUGCUGGAAUUUUCCUCAACCCCAUGGGUAUCAGGUGCCUCUGAGAAAU